AUGGUGGGCAAGUGGGAGCAGGCCUGGUCUCAAACAACUAGGAGAGGAGAUUUUGCCCCGAGGAACUACCUUCAAGACACCCCUUGGGAGGCACCGAGAGGGUCUUACACGUCCCUUCUGCCCCUGCCAGAUGUGGACGAGUGUGUGGAAGGGACCGACAACUGCCACAUCGACGCCAUCUGCCAGAACACCCCACGGUCGUACAAGUGCAUCUGCAAGUCUGGCUACACGGGGGAUGGUAAACACUGCAAAGAUGUGGAUGAGUGUGAACGGGAGGAUAAUGCAGGUUGUGUGCACGACUGUGUCAACAUCCCUGGCAAUUACCGAUGCACCUGCUAUGACGGAUUCCACCUGGCACAUGACGGACACAACUGUCUGGAUGUGGACGAGUGUGCUGAGGGCAACGGCGGCUGUCAGCAAAGCUGUGUCAACAUGAUGGGCAGCUACGAGUGCCACUGCCGGGAGGGCUUCUUCCUCAGCGACAACCAGCACACCUGCAUCCAGCGGCCGGAAGAAGGAAUGAACUGCAUGAACAAGAACCACGGCUGUGCUCACAUUUGCCGGGAGACACCCAAAGGGGGUAUUGCCUGUGAAUGCCGCCCUGGCUUCGAGCUCACCAAGAACCAACGGGACUGUAAAUUGACGUGCAACUACGGCAACGGUGGCUGCCAGCACACGUGCGACGACACGGAGCAGGGCCCCCGGUGCGGCUGCCACGUCAAGUUCGUGCUCCACGCCGACGGGAAGACGUGCAUCGAGACCUGUGCUGUCAACAAUGGGGGCUGUGACAGCAAGUGCCACGAUGCAGCGACGGGCGUCCACUGCAGCUGCCCCGUGGGCUUCAUGCUGCAGGCAGACAGGAAGACCUGCAAAGACAUAGAUGAGUGCCGCUUGAACAACGGGGGCUGUGACCACAUUUGCCGCAACACGGUGGGCAGCUUCGAAUGCAGCUGCAAGAAGGGCUAUAAGCUUCUCAUCAACGAGAGGAACUGCCAGGAUAUAGACGAGUGUUCCUUUGAUCGGACCUGUGACCAUAUCUGUGUGAACACGCCAGGGAGCUUCCAGUGCCUCUGCCGUCAUGGCUACCUCCUGUAUGGCGUCACCCACUGUGGGGAUGUGGAUGAGUGCAGCAUCAACCGGGGAGGCUGCCGCUUUGGCUGCGUCAACACUCCUGGCAGCUACCAGUGUACCUGCCCAGCAGGCCAGGGCCGGCUGCACUGGAACGGGAAAGACUGCACAGAGCCAGUGAAGUGUCAGAGCAGUCCUGGUGCCUCAAAAGCCAUGCUCAGCUGCAACCGGUCUGGGAAGAAGGACACCUGUGCCCUGACCUGCCCAUCCCGGGCCCGGUUUUUGCCAGAGUCAGAGAAUGGCUUCACCGUGAGCUGUGGCAUCCCCAGCCCCAGGGCUGCUCCAGCCCGAGCUAGCCAUGCGGGAAACAGCACGAACUCCAACCACUGCCAUGAGGCUGCAGUGCUGACGGUUAAACAGCGGGCUUCCUUCAAGAUCAAAGACGCCAAGUGCCAUUUGCACCUGCGAAACAAAGGCAAAACAGAAGAGACUAGCAGAAUCACAGGGCCAGGUGGCGCCCCCUGCUCUGACUGCCAGGUCACCUUCAUCCACCUCAAAUGUGACUCCUCUCGGAAGGGCAAGGGCCGGCGGGCCCGGACCCCUCCAGGCAAGGAAGUCACUCGGCUCACUCUGGAACUGGAGGCAGAAGUCAGAGCCGAAGAGACCACAGCUAGCUGUGGGCUGCCCUGCCUCCGACAGCGGAUGGAACGGCGGCUAAAAGGAUCCCUGAAGAUGCUUAGAAAGUCCAUCAACCAGGACCGCUUCCUACUGCGCCUGGCAGGCCUCGAUUAUGAGCUGGCCCACAAGCCAGGCCCAGCGGCUGGGGAGCGAGUUGAACCAGUGGAGGCCUGCAGGCCUGGGCAGCACCGCUCUGGGGCCAAGUGUGUCAGCUGCCCGCAGGGAACGUAUUACCACGGCCAGACGGAGCAGUGUGUGCCAUGCCCAGCGGGCACCUUCCAGGAGAGAGAAGGGCAGCUCUCCUGCGACCUUUGCCCUGGGAGUGAUGCCCACGGGCCUCUUGGAGCCACCAACGUCACCACAUGUGCAGGUCAGUGCUCACCUGGCCAACACUCUGCAGAUGGGUUCAAGCCCUGCCAGCCGUGCCCACGUGGCACCUACCAACCUGAAGCAGGACGGACCCUGUGCUUCCCGUGCGGUGGAGGCCUCACCACUAAGCACGAGGGAGCCAUCUCCUUCCAAGACUGUGACACCAAGGUCCAGUGCUCCCCUGGGCACUACUACAACACCAGCAUCCACCGCUGUAUCCGCUGCGCCAUGGGCUCCUAUCAGCCUGACUUCCGUCAGAACUUCUGCACCCGCUGUCCAGGAAACACAAGCACUGACUUUGAUGGCUCCACCAGUGUGACCCAGUGCAAGAAUCGCCAGUGUGGUGGGGAGCUGGGUGAGUUCACUGGCUAUAUCGAGUCCCCCAACUACCCAGGCAACUACCCAGCUGGUGUGGAGUGCGUCUGGAACAUCAACCCCCCACCCAAGCGCAAGAUUCUUAUCGUGGUACCUGAGAUCUUCCUGCCAUCUGAGGACGAGUGUGGGGACGUCCUCGUCAUGAGAAAGAACUCCUCCCCAUCCUCCAUUACCACCUAUGAGACCUGCCAGACCUAUGAGCGCCCCAUCGCCUUCACAGCCCGCUCUAGGAAGCUCUGGAUCAACUUCAAGACAAGUGAAGCCAACAGCGCCCGUGGCUUCCAGAUCCCCUAUGUUACCUAUGAUGAGGACUACGAGCAGCUGGUAGAAGACAUUGUUCGAGAUGGCCGGCUCUAUGCAUCUGAAAACCACCAGGAAAUUUUAAAGGACAAGAAGCUCAUUAAGGCCUUCUUCGAGGUGCUGGCCCACCCCCAGAACUACUUCAAGUACACAGAGAAGCACAAGGAGAUGCUGCCGAAGUCCUUCAUCAAGCUGCUCCGCUCCAAAGUUUCCAGCUUCCUGAGGCCCUACAAAUAGUGCCCCAGGCCCAAGACCCAGGUUUCGAAGCCCCCACCCUCAGAUGAGGGACUCCUUCUGAUCUCUCUUUUUGGAGAGGAAAAAAAAUCUCCAUAUAGACUAAGUGCUCUCCCUUUCUGUUCCUCUAGCUUCCUUUCCAUGUCUCCUUUGUCCUCGCUCUUUGUCUUUACUUUCUCACUUCCUACAUGUUCCUGAAAAAGCCAUUCAGUGCUGGCUGUGUUCUCCCGAGGGGUGGAGGGAUGGUAUGCCGCUCCCCUCCCUAGCCACACUGCCCAUUUCACCAGCCCACGUCCUCAGCACUGUCAGCUUAGAAGGGUGCUCGAGGCCCAUGAAGGAAGUGGGUCUACUGGGGGAGAGGGAGGAGGGGCUUCUGCUGUUACAGGUUGUGCCUUGCUAGUCAGGAGCCAAAAUGUCCCCUGACUGUGCCCCCACCAGGGAUAUUCUAACAGCCCAGGGUUCUGCCAAAGAAGCCUUUGACUUACAGGCUUAAUGCCAGCACUCGUCCUCUGGGACACCUGGUUUGAGCCCUGGACCGCCCACAUAGUCAACUUUCCU